AUGCAUAUGUUAGCAGUUCUCUCAUUGUUGGUUGCGGCAGUCUCUGCCUAUCCAACUUACAGGGAUAAAAUACCAAAUGGAUACAGCGUUCCUGACCCGUGUGGGGGAGGUAUCUGGGAGGCCGUUGGGCACUACGACCCCACCCAUCAUACAAUCCUGAAGAAUAUGUUUGGACAGCACUUUGCUGCCGAAGGCCACAUGUGGACCCCCAAGCUUUGUGGUAUGGACAGUGACGGCGAUGGCAUUUUGAAUGGUGUGGAACUGGGAGACCCAAACUGUAUUUGGACAGUGGGUGCAAUUCCAGCUGGACCAGCCACUGGACAUCCUGGAAUCUGUAACCCAGUAUCUGCGUGCGGAGGAUUUACAUGCGGAUGUCAUGGUAACCAGUGUGUCGGAAAAUAG